GCAAUCUCCACUGCAGCUUGUUAGAGACUGAGCCAAAUCAAGCUUGUUACAAUAUUGAACUAGAUAAACCUAAUUCACUAUCGAAAAUGAAAGUUGUAAUGGUAUGUUUGAGUGCUGUAUUGAUCGGAGUAUUCGCCGAGCCAGAAGCGCAACACAAUGGCAGAUCACAAUACCCGGCGCAUUUUGCCAAUCCGAGACCCUCUUAUCCAGCUUACACCAAGCCUUCGUAUCCAGCUCCAGCUUACCCCAAGCCUUCAUAUCCAGCUCCAACUUACCCCAAGCCUUCCUAUCCAGCUCCAACUUACCCUAAACCCUCGUAUCCAGCACCAGCCUACCCAAAGCCUUCGUAUCCAGCCCCGGUUUAUCCCAAACCAGCUUACCCUGCACCAGCAGGUCCAACAUAUCCAAAGCCAGCUUACCCUGAACCAGCUCAUCCAGCAUCUUACGAGAAGAAGUACCAAAGCCCAUACGACUAUUGCAAUCCUCGCAAGGCACCGAAAUGCUCCAACAAUGGAACUGAAACCUUUUGCUUAAAGGAUGCUGAAUAUCCAGUACAAGAAGUCAAGUACGCCAUCGAUUACGAUCCUUUGGUGCUGACCAAGUAUGCUGACGUGGCUGACCAAUCAGCUGAUAACUUAGUCGAUGGCCUGACUUCUUUGGCGGAGGAACACUUUGAUUAUUCCGAUUAUCACGGCAGUUCCUUCGAAAAGGGUCACUGGGUUGGAGACGAAGGAUACAUCUGUCCCAGCGAUGUCCUUUACACUCGCCCCGUUCGUGCCGUGAACGCUGACGGUGAAUGGCGUGUCAUCGUGCAAGAUAUUGCCUGGCCGGGAUACACGCAGACCCAACGGACCGAGACUUGUUUGUUCCCGGGAGCAUCUUGCCGUACUCUCGCUGCCUGUUAUCGAAGCGAAUGUCUGCAGCAGUACAUCUACCAUCGCAUGUUAUCCUUCGAUCCGUGCGAUCCUCAGAAAGGAAUUUUCAUCGACGUCUACAAGAUGCCAUCGGCUUGCGCUUGUCACGUUCCUCAACUUCAUUGAGCGGCCCUUGGCAUAUCUUACUAUGUAAACACGAAUAACGUCGUAAUUAUGGAUAUAAAAUAAUGACAUGCUAAUAAUUUAAUGUUUUCUAAAGUACGAAAUAAACCUUCAAACGCAA